UGAAAUAUUAGAAAGUUGUAGAGAGAGAGAGGCUUUAGUGGGUCCCAUUCCCAAUAUUGAUUGCCAGCUGAGAGUAGUAAAGAAUGCUUACAAAAACCCCUGAACUCUUCACCCCCAUUUCCUCCUCAUACUCUGCUCAUCAUACAUUUUCACCAACACUCCCAUUAUUAUUACCCUCUCUCAGGCAUUUUCACAAACACUUACAACACCACUGCCGAGUUUCAAGAUCUCUGUCAGCCAUGGCUAGACCUCAACAACGAUUCCGGGGCGUCCGGCAGCGACAUUGGGGAUCUUGGGUCUCCGAAAUUCGCCAUCCCUUAUUGAAGACGAGGAUAUGGCUUGGUACGUACGAGACUGCGGAGGACGCAGCGAGGGCGUACGACGAGGCGGCCAGGCUGAUGUGUGGGCAAAUGGCGAGAACGAACUUCCCUUACAAUGCCGGCGAUCACCAAUCGUCGUCUUCUUCGAGAAAAUUCCUCUCUGCUAAUCUGAUAGCCAAGCUGCAGAGAUGCCAAAUGACGUCUCACAGUGUCGCCAAAAGACCCACGGCUCAAGCCAGGGCGCCGGAACAAGAAUACCCACCGCCGGCCGUUAGCAGGGGCGACGGAGCUCCGGCGAAUAAUCUCGCGCAAAGCGGCGCAGAAACGGUGGAAAAUUGGGUGGGGUGUCAGGGCCAGGAAGGGAGUGGGCAAGAAUUCAAGGCCCUUGAAGAUCACCAUAUAGAGCAGAUGAUUGAGGAGUUGCUUGAUUAUGGCUCCAUUGAGCUUUGCUCUGUUCUUCAAGAAUAGAGAAUGCAUUAUUAUUGUAGUUGCAAUUUUUUAAGUGCUUUAAAUUUGUCUCCUAAUUGCAUUUCAAA